AUGGAAGCAGAAUGGAAGCAGAAUAAAAAUAUGCUCAGAAUUAAUGGAAAUUAUGACUCUCCUGUCACAGAAACUGAUACCAAUAACUUAAAACAAGAUUUGGAAAUGUUUGGUUACACUUACAGCCCGGAGAAGAUAAAAUCUGUACAGUGGGGGCGAGAGAAUGAAACGUAUGCGCUAGAGUGGGCAUCGGAUGUAAUAAAGAAACCAAUUAAAAAAUGUGAUUUGUUUUUACACCCCAGUGAAUGUUCAGGGGCAAGUCAUAUUGGUAUUGUAGAUGACAAGGCCAUAGUAGAAAUAAAAUGUCCCAUUAAGUAUCGAAACGGUGGUAUGAAAAACAGCCUGAAAGAGGACGAUUCUUAUAUAAUCUACUACAAUAAUGAUGCAUUGGGCGAUUUAAAAAGUAAAUACUAA